AUAAUCCAUGUCAGAAUUGUAAUGCAGUUGCAAGUUGGCUGUUGUUUGUAGUCCACUUUACUUGCUUUUAAUACGAAAAUAACUUAAUAGACAAGUGGAUCUGGGCGCCUCUACUACAUUUAAUGUACACUCAAUAACUGAUUUCACAUUUACAAUGAUCCGCAGAGCUGCUUCAUUUCAGGAAUGACAAAUCGUACUCGAUCGAAUCGAACGCAAGGCCUCUGAAGAGAAGACUCAUUGCUCUGUGCACUGUAACGUGGUCAAUCUAUAAUAGAUGGACAGGAGCGAGAGAAAAUGACAGACUACGGAGAGGAGCAAAGGAACGAGUUGGAAGCAAUAGAGUCCAUAUACCCGGACUCUUUCACAGUACUGUCAGAGGAUCCAGCCAGCUUCACCAUCACAGUCACGUCAGAUGCAGGAGAAAAUGACGAAAUGGUGGAAGUGACGUUAAAGUUCACCUAUGUGGAGAAGUACCCAGAUGAGCCCCCCCUCUGGGAGAUUCACGCCCAGGAGAACCUGGAGGAUCCAGACGCAGAGGAUGUCCUCAAGUUACUACAACAGCAGGCAGAAGAGAACCUUGGAAUGGUGAUGAUCUUUACGUUAGUCACUGCUGUGCAGGAGAAACUGAAUGAAAUAGUUGACCAGAUUAAGAUCAGGCAAGAGGAGGAGCAGAAGAGACAAGAGAGGGAGACGGAGGAGGCUGAGAAGAAGCACUUCCAGGGCACGGUGGUCACCAUAGAAAACUUCCUGACGUGGAAGGCAGGCUUCGAGAAAGACAUGAGUGACCUGAAGAAGAGAAUACUACAGAGAGAGGAGGAGCUGGCAGGGAAGAACAAACUCACAGGAAAACAACUAUUUGAAAGAGACCAUAAUCUAGACACAUCCGAUAUCCAGUUUCUGGAAGAAGCUGGCAACAGUGUGGAGGUGGACGAAUCCCUGUUCCAGGACAUUGACGAUUUGGACCUGGAUGAAGAUGACCCAGAUUUCGACCCAUUAGCACUUGGUAGCGAUGAGGACUGAAGCGAUGGGAUCCAAGUGAAGGCAUGUAGACUUGAAAGGCACUGCAACGCAACGCUGCCUGUCAGUCCUCUCUAUGAAACACAGACUGUCUCCGCACUCAAGCUGUAAUCAGUGAUGACGCCUCGUCUCGGGGUGUUUCUGUGCAGUUUUCCCCUGAUAUGAUUGAUGAUUUCUACGCCUAUGCCAUUAAAUACAUCAGCCGUCA